AUGCCGGGCAUCACCAAGCGACCCGACUUCUCGAGCCCUGAGUUCCGCGGCAGCCCGCAAUACGCUGGUGCUUCCGCGAUGUUCCCCGCGGCAGCCAAAGAAGUCUCUGUCCCUGGCGUCACUCGUCGUCCUGACUUCUCCGACCCGCAGUACCGUGGCAGUCCCCAAUACACCGGCGCAUCCGCCAUGUUCCCCGCCGCCGUCAAGGAGGUCUCCACCCCCGGCGUCACCAAACGUCCCGACUUCUCGGACCCUCAGUUCCGCGGUUCGCCUCAGUACACCGGAGCGUCUGCUCUCACCCACAUGAAGCAGCACUCUCCCACGAAGAAGACCGUCCGACUGGCCGAGAACCCGCACGUGUCGGCCUUCCUCUCGCCCAAAUCGCGCAUGUUCACCGGUGGCCACGGCUACCCUGGCGUUCCUGCCCGCGGUCAAUCCACUGGUGCCUACAGUACAUCCUCCGCUCCUGCCGCCGAGUUCUCGGUGAGCGGAAAGCAGCUGACGCCCGACGAGGUGGCACAGAAGAUCGCAUCGAUGCUCAAGCCGGGUCCUCCUUUCUUCAGUCGUGUGUCAAACGCGGAUCUGAUCGACUUCAUCUCGGACUCGAGCAUCAUGAACUGCGACGCGUUGCGCAAGCAGGCCGAAGUGCUGGAGGCGAAGAAGAUCGCCAACCGCGCAACUGCAGCCUUCGUUCCCAGCGGCACAGUCGUCCGCCGUCGCGCGGAGGAGGAGCGCUGGACAGGUGUCGGUACGGUCUGGUCCUCGCUCGACGGCUUGCCUGCCGGCGCAUCGUUCGGCCGCAUCCCCGGCCAGGAGACCAUGUCCGCCCAAGCUUCCGGCACCGAAGAUGACGGUCUGUGGAACGCCAUCACCCUCUCCUGCGAUAUCGACUGCACCAACGUCACGCUCGCCAAGAGCGUCGUCGUCCCCACCCAGGUGCUGCAGCACAACAAUUUCUUCAACGGCAACUCGCAGAGUCUGUUCGACGAGAUCGGCGCCGGUGCCAAGUACAAGUUCGACGAGCUGCUCGGUAAGAAGUCGUCCAGCCACAAACAGUCUGCGUCUUCCUCGACUACUGGCAGCAAGAUCACCCCCAACUACCUCUCGCUCUCCGCUUACACGGACCCCAAUGCCGCUUUCAACGCGACGUCGUUCGAGCUCAAAUGGCCCAGCUGGAUGCCGUGGGGCAAGAAGACGGCUCCUGUCGAAGGUGCGCCUGCCACAACGCCCGCUGCGGGCGGUCAGAAGCGUGUCUGGGUGCCCUCUUCCACCAAAGUCUCCAUCCACGCCUCUUGGUGGGGUUACAACCUCUACCUGCCCCAACCCGUCCUCGAUAAGCUGGACGGCGACGUCGAUGAGGCCGAAAAAGUGGCCAACUUGAUCAACAAGUGCCUCACCUACAUCCUCAACAACGUCCCUGCCGGUCUGCCUGCUUCUUUCGCUGCGGUGGUCGUCAUUUUGAAGGCGAUCGCCCCUACCACCGGGUAUAUUAGUACGUUUAUCGGUUGGAGCUGGGACACUAUCAAGAGCUUCAACAAGGGGCAGGGAGUGGUGUUGAGUGCGACGUGGAUUUUGCCUGUUGCGCUGAUUCCUAGGGCUUGGGAUGCGCCUGCUUCGCCGAACGGUAGUGCGCCUGCUACGCCGAGCACGCCUGCUGUGCCCCUGCCUGCGACGCCCGCGGCUCCGGCUGAUUCGACGACGCCUGCUGCUGGUGGCGGGUCGACCACCACCCCGGCUACGGGUGGUACUGGUUCCACCACCACGCCUGCCACGGGAGGUACUGGCUCGACCACCACUCCCGCCCCCACCACCGGCAACGGCUCCACGACCACCCCCACCACCACCACUCCCACCGCCGUCAGCGGAACAGGCAUGCCAAUGACAGCACAGGACGUGGUCAACGAUCCAGAAAACAACCCGCUUCCCGAUCCCAACAUCCCACCCGUCGCAGCGCCCGGUGCCACCCUGCCUCCCGCCAACCCCUCUACCGUCAACCUGGACCUCUCCGCCCCACCCACCAACGACACAGCGAACGCGUCCUACCCCGGCGACGCCCGUGGCCGUGGCGGAGAUCAGAGCACUGCCGCUCCCAUGGGCAACACCCCCAUCCCCGCAGGCCAGGUUCCGAUCGACGCCGAAUCCUAA